AUGCGGCGGGCCCGCGCCGGCGCCCGCACUCGUCGUAAUCAGCUUUUGUGCGCGGUAAUUGGGUGUCUGAACCCGCCAAGCGAGGCAUUUAUUCCCGAUAAAUUGAAAACUGCUUUGUGCCCCGCAUCAGCCGAUAGUGCCAGCAGCCUUUUUCUUACUCCGCAGCCCCAUUACGUGAUCGGACUCGACCGCGCGGGCGCUCGCGCGGAGAAUUCGAAUGUGCUCUCACUCCUCGGCGCGCCCGGUGGCUGCCGACCUCCCCUGCCCCCCUGGCCCCCUUACCCCCUCCCCGCCGGCACCCCCAGCACCCCGCCGCCCCCG